GAUUUCUCGCUGGCACUCUGUGAUCGCCAUGUAUCUCCGACCGGGGAGAGACCUGUGUAUAAACAACAGAGUGUAUCUCCCCUGUCAGCUCCUGCACACUGCUUUGUAUGGCUCUGUAUAGCACAGCCAUACAAAACAGUGUGCUUACAGUGGAAAGCACCUACACAGCACACAGUGAAACAGCACACAGUUAACCCUUUGUUCGCCCCACAUGUUAACCCCUUCCUGCCCAGUGCCGUUAGUACAGUGUCUUUGCUUUUUAUGAGCACUGAUCACUGUAUUGGUGUCACUGGGGAUGUCAGUGACACCAAGUCAAUUCCCCCAAGUGUCAGAAUGCCUGCCGCAGUCUGGCUAUAAGUCACUGA